CUGUUAAAAUUACAAUGGCCACAACAUAGUUACUGUGAGUGUGUUAAUAUCAACACUUUACCAACACUUUAUAUUACCACAGCACCAACACUAUAUAUUACCACAGCACCAACACUUCAUAUUACCACAGCACCAACACUAUAUAUUACCACAGCACCAACACUAUAUAUUACCACAGCACCAACACUAUAUAUUACCACAGCACCAACACUAUAUAUUACCACAGCACCAACACUAUAUAUUACCACAGCACCAACACUUUAUAUUACCACAGCACCAACACUAUAUAUUACCACAGCACCAACACUAUAUAUUACCACAGCACCAACACUUUAUAUUACCACAGCACCAACACUAUAUAUUACCACAGCACCAACACUUCAUAUUACCACAGCACCAACACUAUAUAUUACCACAGCACCAACACUUUAUAUUACCACAGCACCAACACUAUAUAUUACCACAGCACCAACACUUCAUAUUACCACAGCACCAACACUAUAUAUUACCACAGCACCAACACUUCAUAUUACCACAGCACCAACACUAUAUAUUACCACAGCACCAACACUUUAUAUUACCACAGCACCAACACUAUAUAUUACCACAGCACCAACACUUUAUAUUACCACAGCACCAACACUAUAUAUUACCACAGCACCAACACUUUAUAUUACCACAGCACCAACACUAUAUAUUACCACAGCACCAACACUUCAUAUUACCACAGCACUAGGAGAGUAA